AUGCCAUUCGAAAAGGAGCUCAUUGUGGAGAGAGACAAACGCUAUGGACAGAGACAUGUGAUUCAAAUCCCGAAGAGUUGUGUUCAGUGCUGCUUUAUCCUGAGUUUCGUGGUUUUGCUUUUGUCAGGAUUCGUCGUUUAUCAUAUUAUGGCCGAAGAUGAAGAGGUUGAUCUUGACCAGAGUAUUUCUAUGUUCGAUAUUGAGUACGAUAUAAAUGAUCAAAAAAUCUACGAAUACCGCGAAAGUGAAGAUUACAAGGAGCUUGUAACUGACUUUAACCAGGGACCGACAAACUACUUUGAUUAA